GGCGAUUAUCAGGAUAUUCAUGAAUAUGACAGAGAAUAUUCAGAUUACCAUUCUGAAACAGAUAAUGAAGCUUUAUAUAUGGACAUCAAGAUAUACAAUGAGGCUUUGGUUGAAGGCAUAGAAAUAGUUGAUGAAGCUCAGCCAGAGGAUACAAAUGAAGAAAUGUAUGAUAACGAUAGUGAAGGUGAAGAACAGGAAAAAAUAUUAGUAUUAAAUACGAAGAUGCAGUUUGACAUAUCUUCACGUUUAGCUGACAUUGUUGAUAAAAUCCAAAAAAUACUUGAUAAUCGAUCAAAGAAAACAAUUUUAAGUGAAUUCAAAACCGAAAUUCUGACAAGAGAAAUGCCAAAUAUAACUGAUGAAUAUUUUCUUGGACUGGACAAAGUUUUACAAGAAUACUUAAUAACAAAAAUUUUUCAAAAACAACAUGAUCAAAUAGCGCAAUCAUUAUGUUAUGAUAAUUUUAUUAAAGAAGCCAAAGACAAUUUAUUUAGCACACAAAACAAUGUCAAAGACAUACUUGUUGGAGAUCCAUUGCACAUUCCGCAUAAAGGUCGACAGACAAAUAGGUAUAAAUCCAGUAGUGAGCCUUUAAAGAAAGUAAGACGUAAAGCUCCAGCUAAUGAAGAUGGUGAAGAAAUGCGGCAAAAAAUCCAGAAUACUACAGAAACAUCAAGUAAUAAUCAAGUUAGUGUACUACAAGAUUUAGAAAAAAAGAUAAGAAG